GAGAGAAUUGCAGUGUGCUGGAGGACCGGGGCUGUCGUGGGAGCGCCUGCGGGCGAGACAGAAUUUCGAAAUCUUGUCGCGCUAGUAGCGGCAGGUGGGCCCAAGCGCGGUGGGGAAUCCGCCAGCUCCAGCUACGCAACCGCGCAACACCAAAAUGACAUCGCAGAGUCGUCCCCGUGAUGAGAGCCAUUGUCCUCUCGCCACGGGCUAUCCACGUAGUACGGCAAAGCUGCCCCAUUGCCUUGCGUUACCGCGGCACUUGCGCGACUGAGACGGCACGCUCUCACCGCAAUGCCUUUACCAACAAAACGCGGCGCUCCCUGAGCCAGUCGUAUCGACGGCCCUCCCAAUCCUCCCAUCCGAGCACAGCAGAGCCGACUAUAUACGCCCUUUCGACCGCCUCUGGAAGAGCAGCCAUUGCUGUGAUCCGCGUCUCUGGGCCGGCAUGCAAGCGGCCGCUGCCUGAGCCGCGCUAUGCGGCACUGCGGAAGCUAUACUCUCCGAACGCGCCGGCGGCGACAUCCACCGUGCUUGACUCCGGUGCCCUCGUCCUAUACUUCCCUGCGCCCCACACCGUCACUGGGGAGGACGUACUCGAGUUGCAUGUGCAUGGCGGACCUGCAAUAGUACGCGCGGUGCUGGCUGCUAUACCACAAUGUGCCGAACCAGCGACGGCCACGAACAAGGCCAUCGGCAGCAUCAGGUACGCCGAGCCUGGCGAGUUCACUCGCCGUGCCUUUGCAAACAACCGCAUGGACCUCCCGCAGAUCGAGUCGCUUGGCGAGACCCUUUCUGCGACGACUGAGCAGCAGCGUGUGCUCUCGGUGCGUGGCACCACAUCAACGCUUGCUGCGCGCUAUGAGCAGUGGCGCAAGCUUUUGCUAUAUGCGCGUGGAGAGCUGGAGGCCCUGAUCGACUUUUCAGAAGACCAGCAUUUCGACGAGUCUCCUGCGACGCUUUGCGCAUCCGUGGCACGCCAGAUUCAAAGCCUAUCCACGCUGAUCGAGGCUCAUGUGGCCAAUGCUGUUCGGGGUGAGCUUUUGCGCAGCGGCAUCAGCGUGGCACUCUUGGGGGCACCGAAUGCGGGGAAGAGCAGCCUGCUCAAUCGCAUCGUUGGUCGCGAAGCUGCAAUCGUUUCCCAAGAGGCGGGGACAACGAGGGAUAUCGUCGAAGUUGGAGUCGAUCUGGGUGGCUGGCUUGUUAAGAUUGGCGACAUGGCUGGCUUGAGAAAAGCUGGUCUGGUGGGUGCAGAAGCCGUGGGACCCGUUGAGCAAGAAGGAAUCAAGCGAGCCAAACAGCGUGCUCUGCAGUCCGAUGUCCUGAUAGUCGUCCAAGACGUCACCGCCGACAUGGACCCUGAAGUCGCCGAAACCACAAAGCAGUGCGUUGAGCUCGGUGUCAACGUUGUCGUCGCCAUCAACAAAGUAGACCGGUUGGACGAUCGACGGCUGGCGGACAGCUGGAAAACCAAACUUCAUGCUUCCCUCGGUAUACCAACUGAGAAGAUCUUCCUUGUCUCGUGUCGGGAUGCAGAAGAAUUAACCCGUGAAGUUUCUAAUGAUCCAGGCCACAUACAGGUCUUUUUGCAAGGCUUGCUGGGUACAUUUGCCGAGAUGACAGCUGCACUCGUCCCUGAAGCAGAUCCUGACCCAUCAAUCUGGCAGGAGUCACUAGGCGCAACCGAGCGGCAGCGGGCCUUGCUGUCGGAAUGCCUGUCCCAUCUUGGAUCGUUUUUGGCUACCGUGCAGAAUCCUUUGCAAGACCAGACUGCAGAGGACUACGAAGAGUCCGACUCAAUUGACAUUGUGGUUGCUGCAGAGUCGCUCCGUCUUGCUGCUGACACACUGGCCAGAAUCACUGGACGCGGCGAAGGCGGUGACGUGGAAGAAGUCCUAGGCGUUGUGUUCGAAAAGUAA